AUGGCGGCCUCAAAGUUCCGUUUGGCCAUAUUGGAUGACUAUCAGGGGAUUGCUGCUGCUAAAUUCUCCCAUCUGCAACCCAAGGUGGAAGUCACGACGUUCUCUGACAAUAUCAACCCCAUUGGCAAGGCAGAAAAGGAUGCACUCAUCGAACGCCUUUUGCCUUUCACCGUCAUUUCGACCAUGCGAGAACGGACGCCCUUCCCGGGAGACGUGAUCAGAUCCCUCCCGAACCUCAAAUUGCUUCUUACAACAGGCCUCAAGAACUCGGCAAUCGACAUGGUGGCCUGUGCUGAACAGAACAUCAUCGUUGCGGGUGCGAAAGGGGUCGGCAAGGCUGGUGACUUGAGCUUGCCGACCUCAAUUGAUUCCACCGCACAACAUUGCUGGGCACUCAUCUUGGGCAUCGCUCGCAAUAUUGCUCGUGACGAUGCUGCCGUAAAGGCAGGCCUUUGGGAGAUUUCUCCUGCGACAGGACUGAAAGGUAAAACACUUGGCUUGUUGGGGUUUGGUAACUUGGGGGCAAGGGUGGCGGCAGGAGGUGUGUGGGCCUUUGGAAUGAAGGUCAUGGCAUGGUCGAGCAAUCUCACCCAGGAGGAUGCCGAGCAGCAGGCCAGGAAGUUUGGUCUCCCACCAGGAACGGUCAAGGUGGCGAGCAGCAAAGAGGAACUUCUGAAGGAGGCGGACGUGUUGAGCGUCCACUACGUCCUCUCCGAGCGAAGCCGAGAUAUCCUGGGGGAGAAGGAGCUUGCACUGCUAAAACCCUCGGCACUUCUGAUCAACACCUCGAGAGGUCCCUUGAUCAAUGAACAGGCAUUACUCGAUACCUUGAACCGUGGCAAGAUCAGGGGUGCGGCUUUAGACGUCUAUCAUGUGGAGCCAUUGCCGCUAGAUAGCCCGUGGCGCACGACUGCUUGGGGAAAGAACGGAAGGAGCGAAGUGCUCCUCAGCCCACAUAUGGGAUAUGUGGAGGAAGAUGUCAUGCAUCGAUGGUAUGAGGACACAGUCUCGAACUUGGAAUUGUGGUUGGAAGGCAAAGAUCUCCCGACCAAGCUCAAUUGA